AUCGCGAUGUCCGCGUUUAAUGCCACGAUCCCCGCAACCCCAUGCGGCCAACAGACCUCAAACAGUUCAGACGUCGUCCAGCAGAACUUCAACGAUGAACUUCGCGCCAACUAGGAUCAUCAUGCAGUGCACGAAAAAAUGUUUUUUUCUGUUGGUUCUGAUGCUGACAUGUCGUGCAGACGUGGACGAGAGGAAACUGAUCAGGAUAAGGGGUGAUAUUAUUUUCGGGGGUAUAUUUCCCAUGCACGAACAGAUAAGCGGGAGCUUUGAUCUGCCCUGCGGGGCUGUUAAGGAAGAGAAGGGUAUGCAGAGACUUGAGGCGAUGCUGUAUGCAAUCGACGAAAUUAACAAAAGCUCAGAACUUCUUCCGAAUGUUAGUCUGGGCGCCCUGAUCAUUGACUCCUGCAGUAGCGACACUUACGCUCUUGAACAGUCCAUGGAGUUCGUAAGAUCCUACAUGAAUCAGGAUAUGUCUGAAUAUCAGUGUGAAUCAGGGAAACCCCCUGUUUAUGUCCCCCACAAACCUGUGACAGCAGUGAUUGGCGCAUCUUUCAGUGUUGUUUCUAUAAUGGUAGCAAAUAUACUGAGACUUUUCAAGAUCCCCCAGGUCAGUUAUGCCUCAACGAGUACCGAGUUGUCCGACAAAUCCAGGUUCGAAUAUUUCAGCAGGGUUGUGCCACCUGAUAACUUUCAGGCACAAGCAAUGGUUGAAAUUGUUAAGGAACUUGGCUGGAAGUACGUGUCCACAGUAGCAGUGGAAGGUGAUUACGGAGAACGUGGAAUCGCUUCUUUCAUAUCACAUUCAUCGGAAGCGAAUAUCUGUAUUGCUGUUACGGAAAAGAUACAGAGAAACUCCAAGGUAGAAGAUUUCGAUAGGAUCAUAGACAGAUUGUUGCAAAAGCAAGCCAGAGCAGUAGUUCUUUUCGUUGAUGAAGACAAUACCAGAAAAUUGCUGAAAGCGACAAUACGUGCUAAUAAGACCGGAUAUUUCCUAUGGAUAGGUAGUGACUCCUGGGGAGCUAAAGUUCAUCCAGUGAGAGAUCAGGAAUUCGCAGCUGAAGGAGCAAUUACUAUUCUUCCACAUCGAAAUGCCAUAAAAGAAUUUGACGAUUACUAUCUAUCUCUGAGACCGAGAAUAGAUACAGACAUGUUUUGCAACAGUACCUCUGAGGCAAAUAUCCCUCACAAGCAGAAUUCCAGCUUGUUGAUCAACUGCAGGAACGCUUGGUUCAGAGAGUUCUGGAGUCAGCACAACAAUUGCAGUUUCAACAAUUCCGGAUUGAGAAAAUGUACUGGUCAUGAGAGCAUCGGGGACUAUGAGCAAGAAGGUCUUGUACCCUUUGUUGUUGAUGCCGUCUACGCAGCUGCUCAUGCUGUCCAUGACAUCAUAGUCGACGUAUGUGGACAGCCUUUUCAUCUUUGUGAUAAAUUGAAGCCCGCCCCCACUGGACCACAGCUUCUUAAGUACUUGAGGAAUGUUUCCUUUAUCGGACGCCAAAAGACUGAGGUCAGAUUCAACAAAGACGGCGAUGCGUUUGGUCACUACAACAUUUAUCAAUAUCAGAGACACGAAGAGGGCAAAUAUGAUUACAGGCUGAUCGGGUCGUGGAAGGAAAGGUUGUACUUAAAUUUGAAAGCAUUAUCCUGGAAAGAAACAAGUGCAAUUCCUAAGCUGAUAUGUAGUGAAGAGUGCCCUUCUGGACAUAUCCGUAACUUUCAGGACCAAUGCUGCUGGGUUUGCGUGGCUUGCAGAGAGGACUCUUAUGUAUUCAAUGACACUUGCAAAGCUUGCAAGCCAGGCUGGGCCCCCAAUAAGAAUAUGGAUGGUUGUGACAAGCUUCAAGCUCAAGUGAUAGACUGGUUGAGCCCAUGGGCGCUGGUACCCCUGAUUUUCAGUUCCUUCGGCAUUAUAUGUACCCUUUUCACUACAUGUGUAUUCAUACGAUACAACAGAACUCCUGUUAUCAUGGCAUCUGGAAGGGAACUUUGCUAUGUUCUACUAAGUGGCAUUUUAUGUUGCUACUCGAUGUCUUUCAUCAUUUUAGCUAAGCCCACAGUGGAGACGUGUGCAGUUAUGCGUGUGGGCUUAGGGCUUUGUCUGAGCAUCUGCUACAGUGCUAUAUUCACAAAAACUAACAGGAUCUCGAGAAUAUUCAACAGAGGUGUCAAAAGUAUCAAGAGACCGCUGUAUACUUCGCCAAUAUCUCAAGUCGCAAUCGCUCUAGGUAUCGUAUCAAUUCAGCUGAUUGGGGCAAUUGUAUGGCUGAUAAUAGAGAGGCCAGAUGUCAGGGAGAUUCACCCCCAGCCCCUAACAGCUGUCUUGACCUGUCGCGUCUCGACUUUCUCUCUAAUAAUGUCGCUGGUUUAUAACAUGAUUCUGAUAACACUCUGUACACUUUAUGCUUUCAAGACGAGAAAAAUACCAGAAAACUUUAACGAGGCUAAAUACAUCGGUUUUACAAUGUACUCCACGUGCAUUGUUUGGCUGGCAUUCUUACCAAUUUAUUUUGGAACGAAUAAUGAUUACAAGAUUCAAAUCGUAAGUAUGUGUAUGUGUUUGAACAUAAGCGCAACGGUGGCACUGGGAUGUCUGUUCACCCCAAAGGUGUAUCUGGUAAUAUUUCAACCGUACAAAAAUGUCAGGCAAGGUGGAAAUGGCAACCAAGGGCAGGACCGUCCAGCAUACAGUAUGCGAUUCACGGCACCGCGCUCACAAACAAUGCAAUCUAUGACCAGCAACUCCAGGUCUUCGCCAAAACCUCUAAGACACUCAAAUGGUGAUCAAAACCCUCUGCCCAGCCCAAGUGUGGAAGAGAGUACUCUGAGUUAAAUAUCAAAAUGAGCAGAAAUUCCCUCCCACCCCUGCUUUUUCCUUUAUUCUUCGUUUAGAUUAAAUAAAUGUGUAGUCUCCCCAAAAAUUCCUGAUGUCAUAUUGGAUAUCAACAUAUUCUCAAAAUUCCUGUUCGGUGUAAAUCUGCAUAACUUGCAUAAGUCGAUUACUGGGGGCAUUAAGUACAAUCCAAUUUGUCGAUAACUUUCUACAUACCUCAUUCCAAUAACAGAGCAUCUUACGUACCUAAUAUUUUGGUAACGAAGCUAUAGUACAAUAUUGCAUGAAUACAAAACGAAAGUAAAUGUGAGACAUUUCUGGUUCUGGUGAUGAAAGUUAAUCAUCACGAAUCUGGGGCAGUUCAAAGACUACCUAAAAACGUAUACUUAUGUAUAUGUGAUGACAAUUUCAUAUAUAGCUGUUGAACUGGAAAAAUUUGUUGUACCUACUCUGAAAAAUUAUUAUGUAGUAACAAGAACGACCGCAAUGCGGUAAUAGUUUUCCUAAAUUACUAUAUAAACUGAUGCCAAUUAUCAUUCCACUUUUCAAUGGUUAAAACCAUCAUCGUCGUUACAAAGAAGGCAUGUUAUAAAUGUUGCAAUUACCCGUUGUUCUGGUCAAAUUAAGAGUCCUAACCAUAGCUCUCGGACUAUAUAGUUAGAUGCAAUGUGAAAAUCUUUUUGUAUAAAUUUCAAAUGCGUCUCUAACUAUAUACAAACUACUGAUGUUCAAUGAAAAAACUCAAAAUAUCUCAAAAAAAUUAGAUAAAUGUGAUUGUAAAUAGUUAUAUCAGUUUUAUCACCUGAUAGAUCAAAAAUAUAUGUAUAUAACUGUCAUAAAUAUUGAUUAGGUAAAGUAAAUUUCAUAGAUUUUACUUUAGAACUGAUGGAGAUAUCGUGUAUUUCCAAAAAAUGACUGUUUUAAAGAGUGUUAUAUCGAUUUUCUGUAGAAAGAUAAGAAUAACACACCUACAAGUAAAGAAUGAAAUAUUGUAAGGUGUUACUUUUAUCAAUUUUGAAUUAUACUGAAUUAGAGUAGGUAUAAAAAUGGAAUCCAUAAGUCUUUUGAUAGCUUCAAAUCAUGGCUUUCAUGAUUUCGAAACAUCUGUAUAUACAUAAUACGUAGCUGAUUAAUUUUUUAUUGUUAUAGAGCGCCAAUUUUUUUCUGAAGAAAGUCUUUGAUCUACUGUGACUUCAAUUGGUAAAUGAACGUUUUCAGGGGAAGUUUAAAAAUUUUCGAAUGUUCAGAAGAUUUUUCAGAUUCUUUGGCAGCUUAUUACUACGUUAUUUUGUCUGGUGAGUGUCCACCAGUCAAUAAAGCAGAAUUCUAACAGUAUUUUUACAGACGGUGUUCAUUAGAGUUUCAAUUGUACAAAUAUCUGAUAACCAAGAAAUGUAUUUAUGUUACUUGUUCAAUGGAUUCACUGUGAAUUUUAUGUGUUAUAAGCAUUGUGUCACUAUUUGUGUUUCCUAAAUCUGUAUGUUACGUUUUGAUGCGUAUUUAACCACAAUGCUUGAACUCAAAAGGCUGUUAAACGUGGACUGUUAAAAAUCUUCGAUAUAUUAUAACACAAUUUUAAAAAACUAGAUGUUUGUAUUGUUGAUGUAUUCUUAGAUUUAACGAAUUCAAUUCUCUACACUUUGUGAUAGCUUCUUAUGCCAUUCUUUCUAAAUUUUCAAAUACAUAAUUAUGUUAUUGAAGUCUAGAUGCAAAUCAUAUCGAAUAUAUAAUCACUCUUGAAAACGAUGUAAUGUGAUAACUAUUUUUUCUGCUACUUGUGUGAAUAAAUGUAUUCAUUGUU